CGUAUUCUAUCGGUAGUAAUUUUUUUAUCUCUUAUCGUAAAUCAACAUUUUCAUUCAACAGUGGUGUGCUGCUUAUCCAAGAAAUAUUUUUUCUGUUCUGUCUUUGUAUAUAUGUAUUGACGGUGUACUCAUUCUGCACAUGUACCUUUUUUUUUUUCUUCUGAAACAAAAAUAUGAUCGAACUACUUGAUCUGCCCGACGAAUUAAUCUUCGUUAUUAUGCAUAAAGUCAAACCUCAAGUCUUAUUGCUUUGUUCUAUUAUUGGCAUUGGAAAUAAUCGUUUAGAACAGCUUGCACUAGACACAUGUCAUUCAAUCGAUUUAACUUUUGAUUAUUAUAAAUCACCUCAUAAACAAUUUAUGGAACGAUUUUAUUCACAUGUUUUGCCUCGUAUUUACAACAAUAUUCAAUCGCUUGCAUUCACCUUUCAGCAUUUCUCACGUAUUUGUACCUUUGCUGAAGAAAACUGUGAUGGAACUUUUCCAAAACUGACACAUUUAAAAAUAAUAAUUGGCAAGAAAUGUAGUAUAACAGGCACAUCUUUUAUAUUAGGUAAACUAUAUUACUCGUUUUGGUUUUCUAAUCUGUAUUCAAAUGUCACUUCUGACUUAUUUUCUGCUCAGAUAAAAAUGGAAAAAUAAUAAUUCGAGACUUUUAAAAAUUUGAUUUUAAAUUGAAACAUUUUUGAGAAAAAAUCAUUAAUACAGAACUGUGUUAGAAUUGUAUUCCACAAAAGUUUGAAUGAAGAAAGUUACCAAAGUUCUUUAGCAUUGCUCUCUACAUCUGUGAAAUUCUUAUACAAAGAUUAUAGUUGUGAAAUAAAUUUAAACGACAGCUUUUUUUAGUUUAUCUUAAUCUGUAAAAUUUAUAAAUAUUGUUUCAUAAAGCUGAUAAUCAUAUACUUUCAGGUAACAAUAUGAUUAGUGAAAUGCACCAUCGACAUCUGUUCUCAGUAGCACCUCAACUUUUUUGUUUUGAGAAAACUGCUCGUGGUCGAACCAUAUCUAAUUUUCGGUGUUCACGAUUUAUGCGUUCUAUUAUUUCGUUCGAACUUGAUGAAGAUUGCGUUCUACCAAGAUUAGUCAGCGAUGACGAUUUGUUCUUUCCUCAAUCACCUCAUCUUACUCAUAUUCGUGUCACAUUACGUUAUUUCGAUGAUUGUAUUCAUUUACUCAAUCAGUUAGGCUCACAAUUGUACUCGUUCACUGUGAGUCUUGUCUAUAGCAGUAUACGAGAAAGCAAUAUGAUAUCACGAAUGACAUCGAUAUCCUGUCCUUAUUUGAAAGAAUUAACAAUAACAAGUUAUCGUAAUAUUCCUCAAUAUGAACAAUGUAUUGUUCCUCUUUUACAACGUUUGUCAACUAUUGAAUUUUUGACAUUAUUAUUGGCUAUUGGUGUAGAUACAUCAGCGUCGCAUCACUUUAUUGAUGGACUCGAUUUACAAAGAGAUAUUAUUUCUCAUAUGCCUCAUUUACGUCAAUUUGAUUUUCAUAUUCGUUCAAUAGUGCCACGCGCUCCUCAUAUAGAUAUCGAUACAAUUCGUCAAAGUUUUGUCCAACGAGAACAAUCUGUUGAUUGUAUACUUGAUUAUUUUAAUAAUGAUUGUGGUCAAUGUCAAAUUUUCUCACUUCCAUUUAUUGGUACUCGUCUUGAUUUUAUCUCAAAUCGUUUUCCACUUUUCGACGAUAAUCGAAAUACAUUUUUAAAUGUUACUACGUUACUACUGUUCGAUGAUAUUAAACCUUUUGAAAAUAGUUUUUUUGGACUUGUUUCUCGAGCUUUACCUCAUCUUAAAUCACUCGAAGUAUUUAAUCAACUUGAACAACAAGAGAAAACAACGAUAACAACAAAUUUGAUUGAAUUUCCUCAUUUGGCUACACUUAUCUUGUACGAUAUACAUAUAGAUUAUGCUGAACAACUUCUUUGUCGAACUCGUCUUCCAUGUUUAGUAGAACUCCUCAUUCACUAUGAACCACUCUCAACAAUAGUCACUCAAUAUCAAGAAGAAGCUAGAAAUAAUUGUUCAAAAAUCGAAUUGAUUCGAUUUGUUGAUUCGUCUACUAAUCCAACGGAUACUCUUCUAAAUUUUUUUCCAAAUUUGCACUGUAAAAUUAGUAAAAAAGCUUGA